AUUCAGGAUUUACACACACACAUUCUACAUUUCCAAUUCCCCCAAAUCGAAACCCUAACUUUUUUCGAGGUUCCAAGUUCUCAAUCCUUUGAAUGGCGCCAAAAGGAGAGAAGAAGCCAGCAGAGAAGAAACCAGCAGAGGAGAAGAAGUCCACCGUCGCUGAGAAAGCUCCGGCGGAGAAGAAGCCAAAGGCCGGAAAGAAGCUUCCAAAGGAAGGUGGUUCAGCCGCCGGAGAGAAGAAGAAGAAGAGAAGCAAGAAGAGCGUUGAAACAUACAAGAUCUACAUCUUCAAGGUUCUGAAACAAGUUCACCCAGACAUUGGUAUCUCAAGCAAAGCCAUGGGUAUCAUGAACAGUUUCAUCAAUGAUAUCUUCGAGAAACUCGCUCAAGAAUCAUCCAGACUUGCUCGUUACAACAAGAAGCCAACAAUCACUUCAAGGGAAAUUCAGACCGCGGUCAGGCUUGUUCUGCCCGGUGAAUUGGCCAAGCAUGCUGUUUCUGAGGGUACCAAGGCUGUCACUAAGUUUACUAGUUCUUAGAUUUGAAAACUACUUCGUUGUUGUUUAUUGGUGUUUAGUUUCGUAGAUCCGUGUUUUUAGGUUUCAUUAGUAGCUUUCCCCUGUUUUAAUGAUGUAAUUGAAGGAUUUUGAUCUGGCUGAUCCUUCUUUUUUGUGUUAUAAUGGUGGGAUUGAUUAUAUAUGACUUCUAAAAUGUAUCGUACAUUGAUCCGCAUCAUACUUUUGUGCGUAACUUCUUUCA